CGGUGCAUAAGUGCAUUGACACACACCGGCACAGACACAUGGAUCAGUUCACCACCACCGAGCUACUCCAAGCUCAAUCUCAUGCCUGGAGCCUCGUUUACAGCUACUUCAAAUCAAUGUCUGUCAAAGCCGCCAUCGAUCUCGGCAUCGCCGAGAUCCUACACAAACACGGCAAGCCCAUGAGCCUUGCUCAACUCACCACCUCCCUCUCCAUCCCCAACUCUAAGUCCGACCAUUUCCGGCGCCUCAUGCGCGCUCUUGUCUACCAAGGCAUCUUCUCCACAGACCAAGAAACCCAAUCCUCAUACUCCCUCACACCCACUUCCCACCUCAUGCUCCCCGGGAACUCCACUUCCCUAACUCAAUUGCUUCGCGUCAUCCUUGACCCAACCAUCAGCCACAGUGCAUAUGUUUUGCCAUCAUGGUUGAAGUCUUCAGAGGAGACAACGAAGACACCAUUCGCGGUUCUUCAUGGGCAUGAGAUCUUUGAAUUGGCUGAUGAGAAGCCAGAGUUUACCAAAUUGUAUAAUGAGGGGAUGGCGAGUGAUGCUGGGUUGGUGAUGGACGUGGUUAUGAGGAGUUGUAGGGAUGUUUUUGAAGGAGUGGAGUCAUUGGUGGAUGUUGGUGGAGGGAAUGGGGCGACGGUGAUGGCGCUAAAGAAAGCGUUCCCGGAGAUGAAGUGCACUGUGUUUGAUCUGCCACAUGUGAUCCAGGGCAAGAUGGAGAUUGAUGGUGUUCGCUUUGUUACUGGUGAUUUUUUCCAAUCUGUUCCUCCUGCAAGUGCCGCCUUGUUAAAGUCAAUUUUGCACGGUUGGAAUGAUGAAGACUGUGUCAAAAUUUUGAAGCAUUGCAAAGCAGCGAUUCCAAAUAAAGAUAAUGGGGGAAAGAUAAUAAUAAUUGAUAUGGUUAUUGGCGCUGUCACGGAUAAUGAAGUUAAUGCAGUAGAGACACAGCUAUUUAGUGAUUUAUUAAUGCUUAUUGCUGCAAAAGGAAAGGAAAGAAAUGAAAGUGAAUGGCGAGAUAUAAUUUUUGCAGCGGGCUUCACCAACUACAAAAUUACUCCUCUCAUAGGUCUUCGGUCAGUUAUCGAGGUAUAUCCUUGAAAAGUACUUUACAAAUAAUAAUUUAAUAUUAUGGUGUUAGAGAUGUUUGUUGAAGUUUAUCAUCUACCAACACAUCAUUUCAUAUAAUAAGUGUUGUAUUAAAACAUUUGCUCUAUAUUCUUAAAUAACAUUAUGUUUGGAUCAUAUUGAAAAUGAUUGGGCAUUCUAUCUUAUUUUUCUCGUUGUUGUCCUCACCACCUGU